AUGCUAAAUGCUGGCCUGGAUGAAUCACAAGCGGGAAUUAAGAUUUUUGGAGAAAAGAUCAACAACCUCAGAUACGCAGACGAUGCCACUCUAAUGGUAGAAAGUGAAGAGGACCUAAAGAGCCUCUUGCUCGGGAAAAAAAGGAGAGGACGUCAUAAAACCUAUCACUCCUUCGCAAAUAAAAUGGGAAGUCGUGGAAGUAGUGACACAAUUCACGUUCCUGGGAUCCCAGGUUUCUACAGCUGCCAUGAAAUUAAAAGAUGCCUGCUCCUUGGGAGGAAAGCGAUGGCGAACCUAAACAGCAUGAUAACAAUAGAGACAUCUCCCUGCUAA